AUGGGGAUGUAUAUUGAUGAUGAACAGCUCCUUAGGUAUCUUCUCAAAUUUGUUACUGGUAUCUCUGUUGAAUGCGACGAAAUUCGACUCGUAGACUUGUAUGGGAACAACAAACCCUCUCAGUUAUUCGAUACCACGGCGACUACUGCUACUGAAUAUCAUGUUUUUACUCAGUUAAAGAAAAAAAAAGGGAAUGGUAAGAACUUCAACAGGGGAAUUGUUGGUGGUGGCGGCUCAUGGAAAGGAAUCGACAAUGGUAAACCAGUUUACAACAAAAAAGGAUUAAAGAUUGGGUUCAAGAAAACUUUCCGUUUUGAUGAAGAAAACCAUGUCUGGAUUAUGAAAGAAUAUCGUCCUAGUGAUAAUAUACUAAAGGCCUUGAGACUACGUGGUCAAAUUCGACAUGAGGAGGAAUUUGCUGUAUGUCGCAUUACCAGGAGCGUCAAUUCUUCUCAGGUUAACAUCCCUUCGGAUCACAAUGUAGAGAAUUUUCUUGAUUCUGUGCUAAUUUCUGCAUCACAAUGUCAAGAAACUGUGGAAUUCUUUGCUCAGAAUCAGUUUCAAGAAAAUCAAGAUUUGGGACAAUUCAGUGCUGUUUUUGCUCAGAGUCAGUUUCAAGAUUUGGAACAAUUCAAUACUACUAAUGUAAUUCUAUCUGAUGAGUCGAACAGUAUUUUGAAUGGGAACCAAAUUGGUCCAGUUAGUUUAGUGUUCAAAGAAUCAAAAUUGUCUGCUGCAAUAGAAGAGGAAUGCUCUGUUUCUGUUCCUGUGGUUCAUCAACAAACUCCCUCUGUUAAAGAAGUAGAAUGCUCUGUUUAUGACAUUGCUACUUACCACAAAGAACUUGAUGCCUAUGCUGCCUCUCAACUCAAAUCAAUGGUUCCUUACAUUCCGCAACAGCAAGAAGAUGAUGAAGCUGAUUCUAUCCCACUUUUCUACGAAGAUUUUUAUAUUGAUUAUACAGAUCUCUGGAGUUAA